GAAUGGGAACAAGAAACAGGAAUGUUGAUAGCAUCAGGUGAUGUUAGAAUUAUUAGAAUCUGGGAUACACAAAAAGAACUUAAAAUACAGGAUAUUCCCACUGGAGCUGAUAGUUCUGUGACAAGUUUAUCCUGUGAUUCCAGUGGAAGGUCUUUAAUAAUAGCAGGUUGUGGAGAUGGUACCGUCAGAUUAUUUGACAGAAGAUUGGCUGCUCCUGAAUGUCGAGUAAUGACGUUACAAGAACACAGUAGUAUGGUUUGUAAGGUUCAUCUUCAGAAAGGGUCUGAGGGAAAAAUUAUCAGUGCUUGUACUGGAGGGGAUAUAAAAUUUUGGGAUCCGAGAUUUACAGAAUCAGUAAAAGAAUUUCCAGCUCAGUCCAAUUUAACUGCCAUGGAAGCUCAUUGUAGAGCUGAUGUCAUAGCUUGGUAA